CACUCGAUGUCUCAUUCCACCGCGAUCAAGCCUGCCAGGAGGGGGUUUCAGUUCAGCAGCUCAACAGCGAAGCGUUUCAUCUGGAAACUUGAACGGAAUUUAUAUUUAUAACUAACACUGUUGUUUUAUUUAUUUAAAGCAAACGUCGUCGUCUUGAUAACUCUAAAAUACGUAACUCAAGGUUGUUAUUUGUACAGGAAAAGGGAAGUUAAAACGUUUGAGCAAAAGCCGGGCCGUGCUAACAAAGAAAAUCCUUUCUCUUCAGAAAUAAUCCCCCACUUUUCUCUUUAGUUAUGAGUCAUGUGGUCGUUGAUAAUCCACACGGUCUAGAUCAGCAGCUUGCUGCCCUAGACUUGAACUCUGUUGACGGACAAGGCGGAGGAACUGGCAGGCGUUACAUUCCACCUCACCUAAGAAACAAAGAUGCUUCAAAAAGUGCAGGAAAUGCUUAUUCCGCUGCUAGACAGUGCGGUUUUACAGUGGCACCAGUAAAUCUCUUUUCUUCUAAACAGUGCCCACAACCAUGGCAGGCAGAGUGUCAGCAAAGACAAAGCAAUGACCCUGCUUCAGGAUGGGAUGACUGUGCGAUUGGUUACCCAAGACUGGCCUCUCAAGAGCUUGCCUUUUACCAUGCCUACAAUGGGGGUUGGCGAAACAAAAGUGAUUCACCCGGAUGGGACGGUGGACGCAGCAAUGGAUUUGUGAAUGGUUACCACGACAAUCGCACAAACGGGGGCUUUGGAGGCCGGGGACCCCCUCGCAAUGAUAGAGGUGGGCGAGGCGCCUACCGUGGUAACAGGGGUGGAGGCUCGUUUAUGCAACCAUUACAGAAUGCAGGGUUUGGCAAUUUCGAGAACAAAGACGGAAACUGGGGAGGAGCUCCCAGGGAGGCUGCCUACAACAACUUCGGAGGACGCAACGAUCGGGCCAAAACUGGCUUCUACAACGACCGUGGGGCGGGCUCAAGGGGAAGAUAUGAGCGUGGAGGCUUUGCUGGCGGCGGAAACAAUCGCUGGUCGGAGGACGUCAAAGAGGAGGACUGGUCCAAACCAACUCCUCCCAAUGAGCGCCUGGAAAAUGAGCUUUUCUCUGGAAGCAACACUGGGAUAAACUUUGAGAAAUAUGAUGACAUUCCCGUGGAGGCCACCGGAAGCAACUGCCCUCCCCACAUUGAGAGUUUCCAUGAUGUGGACAUGGGGGAGAUUGUCAUGGGGAAUAUCGCCCUGACUCGUUAUACUCGUCCCACUCCAGUGCAGAAAUAUGCUAUCCCCAUCAUUAAGUCAAAGAGAGACCUGAUGGCUUGUGCCCAGACUGGCUCUGGUAAGACUGCUGCCUUCCUGCUGCCAGUGCUGAGUCAGAUCUACACCGACGGACCAGGAGACGCUAACGCAUCAAAGAACUCCGGACAGGAGAAUGGAAGGUAUGGCCGCCGUAAGCAGUACCCACUGUCCCUGGUCCUGGCUCCAACCAGAGAACUGGCUCUGCAGAUCUACGAUGAGGCCAGAAAGUUUGCCUAUCGCUCCCGUGUGCGUCCCUGUGUGGUGUACGGCGGUGCUGACAUUGGACAGCAGAUCAGGGACUUGGAGAGAGGCUGUCACCUGCUGGUGGCUACACCUGGACGUCUGGUUGACAUGAUGGAGAGGGGCAAGAUCGGUCUGGACUAUUGCAACUACUUGGUCCUGGACGAGGCUGAUCGUAUGUUGGACAUGGGUUUUGAGCCCCAGAUCAGACGCAUUGUGGAGCAGGAUACCAUGCCACAUAAAGGCAUGCGUCAGACGAUGAUGUUCAGCGCUACCUUCCCAAAGGAGAUCCAGAUCCUGGCUCGUGACUUCCUUGAGGACUACAUUUUCCUGGCGGUGGGACGUGUCGGUUCCACCUCAGAGAACAUCACUCAGAAGGUGGUGUGGGUGGAGGACAAUGAUAAGAGGUCCUUCCUCCUCGAUCUGCUCAAUGCCACAGUUAUUCCCAGUGAGGUUCAGGAAAAUGUGACAGAGGGACCGGAGAAACCUGGUAAAGACUCAUUGACUCUGGUGUUUGUGGAAACCAAGAAGGGAGCCGAUGCCUUGGAGGACUUCUUGUACCACGAGGGUUACGCCUGCACCAGCAUCCAUGGAGACCGAUCCCAGAGAGACCGAGAGGAGGCUCUGCACCAGUUCAGGUCCGGACGCUGCCCCAUCCUGGUGGCUACAGCUGUGGCUGCUCGAGGUCUGGAUAUCUCCAAUGUGAAGCAUGUUAUCAACUUUGAUUUGCCCAGUGACAUUGAGGAAUACGUUCACCGUAUCGGCCGUACGGGACGUGUGGGCAACCUUGGUCUGGCCACGUCGUUCUUUAACGACAAAAACAGCAACAUAACCAAAGAUUUGCUGGACAUUCUGGUGGAGGCCAAGCAGGAGGUUCCCUCCUGGCUUGAGAGCCUGGCCUAUGAGCACCAGCACAAGAGCAGCACCCGAGGCCGCUCCAAGAGGUUCGCUGGUGGAUUUGGAGCGAGAGAUUACCGUCAGACGCCCGGCGGUGGAGGCUUCACCAACAACCGUGGAGGACGAAGCACUGGAGGCCACGGAGGAAACCGCAACUUUGGUGGAGGUGGCUUUGGUGGCGGCGGCGGCUUCUAUGGCGGCAACGACGGCUACGGAGGAAACUACGGCAACUCUGGUAGCGUGGAUUGGUGGGGCAACUAGUCGCCAUAGGAAUAGGUUGCCAUGCCAACCCAGCCCAAUGGAAACCACAUGUUAACUAAAGCCAGACCAUACCAAACCCUCCCUGUGUAGCUUCACUGACACACAGUACAUUACCAACCCUGGUUCUCUGCCAUUCGCUUCUCUCUCAAAGGAAGUGCCGCACGACGCGAAAGGAAAGUCACCAGCAGCAGCACGUGCACACGCACCGAGAGCGCAGAGACUCGCACACCUCAGAGUGAGCAUGGAUGCUGACAUGCAUUGUCCGAUAGCAACUUCGGACUUUCAUUGUUCAAAGUAUUUUUGUUCUUUUUGUGGAAAAAACCCCCAGAAUAACCUGAGGAUCAUUUGUAUGUUAAUGUACUGUGCCUUUGGAAUUUAAACAGGAAAUCUAUGUUUUCAUUUCACCAGACGAACAUGGCCAAGAGCUCUAAAAAUUUGAUUUUAUGAUUAUUUUGUUUGGUGAAAACUAUUAGGAAGUAAACUAAGCUUGGACUUAAUCAAACCUUGGCAAAUACUGAGGUAUUGUGGCCCUGAGCCAUGAUUCCAUUUGAACUUCAAAUUUAUCGCAGGAACAUCAUGUAGCCUUUUAUAGUGGAACAGCUAAUGGAGCCAUUUCUCCGUCUAAUCAAACUGGGCCACUCUGUGAAGCAACUGUAUUUGAGCCCUUCAGUGGGACAAAGUUACAUUUGUUUCUUUUUCUUUUUUUGCUCACUCUAUCCUGGACAGGCUCCUUUAAACGAGUGUGACAGUCAUUCCUAUCGUAAUCUUAACUAACACAGAACUCUUUAAAGCUCAGUGCCAGCACACGCUGAGGUUUAAACCAGAAAAAUCACUGCUGGAAACUUGUUACUCCACAUUUUUCAAUUGACUCGACAGUGUUACGGCAGCUAGUAUGUUACCCAGUGCUAGCUACACCAAGUGGGCGGUGUUUUUUGUUUCUUUUUACUUGAGACAUUUUUGGUGCCGGUGUGUGCGAAAUUGAAAAACUGACUCCUUCAGUUUUUUGAUUUUUGAAUUGUUUCUCUACAAAUAUGUAACAAAACAAAAAAUGCCUGCCAUCUUGACAGUGAAGUUCAAUAUGGCUGCAUAAAGGACCACAGCAUCGGGGGGGCACAGCGUGGUGUUAGUGUUUAACCAUGAGGCCCGGAUGGUAUUCUACGCUGCAAGUGUUUUGUUUUUUGGUCAAGGAAGGAAAGACAUGAGAACUGAGUCGCAGGCUUAACUUAAUUACAAAACGUUUUCUCUUUUCAAGCUGCGUUGGAGGCACGGUUCAUCUUAAAAAAGAGACAGGCAUUCUGAUGAUCACUGAGGUUUAAACAGCCGGGAGCUGAGCACGCAGCAGCACUCCUAACACUCGGGGCGGGGGGAGGGGUACUAGGCGUGGGCCGCAGAUUUUCAGUGCACCGCCAUCGUCCGCAGCUUUGGUUUCCCCAUUGCUGCAUUGUAAAACUGUGGAGGUGGCCAAAGAUCAGGGAGGGCGGGCGGGGGAGGGGGGGUUCGGGGAGUAUGUCCACCUCUUGAAGUACUGUCAGGUUUAUCUGCUCAGACGUUAGUAAAACCCAGAGCAGGCGUCUCCUCUCAAAGAGGAGAAGCCGUCGAGAGCAGGAGAGACGGGGCAUUUUCACCCCAAUUUUCUCAUCGGGUGUGUUGUGCCUUGAAACUUUUUUUGUUUGUUUUUUAAGAAAUUGAACUAUAAGCGGAUGCACUGACAGUGUUGAGAACUUGAGAUUGAAUGGUGCUACUUGAUUUAGGUGUGUAGGCCCUUUUACGUCGUGCCCAUCAAGUUUUACAAAAAGUUCUUUUAUUGCACAUCUAGAGUUUUAUAUAGAUGUCUUGGAUAUGUGUCCUUAAGCUUCCAAAUAUUGUGUGUGAGGAGAUUGUUGAAAAACGCAGCUUGUUUACAAAGGGGAAGGGUUCUCAACGUUAAAACCAGGAUUUAUUUGGGACCAGGGGAUUUAGCAGUCGGGGGAAUUUAGCCAUUUGCACAGAUUUCUAGAUUCUACUUUUGCUGCUAGUUUUGUGUAAUUUAUUAAGCAUUUUUGACAAAUAUUUAUUUUUGUAAGCCUCAAAGUGAUUCUUUGAAAGUUUCAGAAACUUGACCAAAAGACAGUACAAAAAAACACUGGCACUUGAAUGUUGAAUGUCACCUGUAUGCGUGAAAUUUAUAUAUUUCGGGGUAGUGUGAGCUUUUUAAUGUUUAAGAUACAUUGGACUCAGUCAAUAAUAUCCACAGCUGUUUCAGGCCUCCUCAGGGCCGGUCAUCUCUAUUUGAUUAUGACAAAUUGGUCGACAAAAUUUGAAAUGGAAUUGAACAAACAUGCCAAGGUUUGGAAUAUAGCUGUCAAAAGAGCAAAUACAUUUCCUAAGCAUAUCAGUGCAGAAGUGUUCAGAUUCUCCAAUUGUGUGCAUUAUUGAUUCUUUACUCCAAUUUGACCCGAUGAUUCUUUUUCUCCAGUGAAUGUCUGGCACAUGGCAAUCCUUAAAGAAACAAACGUGUGGUUUAUUCUCAUUGUUGUAUUUGCAUAUAUGAAGCCUCCGGAGUUCUCUGACAAUGUGUAGCCGGUCUGCGCCGCAGCGUUAUGGAAACGUUCAGGAUCAACAGGAGGUUCUGCGCACGUUGAACCAAAGACUUGUUCCACAUUCUGCAGAGAACCCCGGAGCUCUUUAGACGUAGAAUUUGCUUUUCUGUAUUAGCUUAUAGGCUCUGCACUGCAUGGGAAAUACUCAGCUGUGCAAAUUGUAUGAUUUUACCCAAAUAAAAUGUUUGAAUGCAAAAAGUAUCAGGAAAAAUCAAGCAUGUUUCAUGAAGACUUGUUUACUGUAGUUGUGCAGAGAAGACCUGUAGCAAGCAGCCUGUCGCUGCCUUGUGUGGAUACGAGGCAGACGGGCAGCGAAAAUUCAAUUUGGUAUUGUAGAUUGGAUGGGCUUCAUUUCUUUUGGAAAAAAAUAUAAAGUUUUCAUUUGUAAAUUCA